UUCUAGUUAUCAUACAAGGAAGUAAAGAAAUGUCUAAAGGAGAGAGGGGAAACUUCGCUGGAUGAACUGACAGAAAAACCUUCAUCCAGUCCUCCAACUCUCUGCUUCUCCUGAUCUGACUGUUGACGCGGGUACCGGGAGUUUCGGUCCAAGAAUGGCAGAGAAGGUGCUGGUCACAGGUGGAGGGGGCUACAUUGGGAGUCACUGUGUGGUGGAGCUCAUUGAAGCAGGUUACGAGCCCGUCGUGGUCGACAAUUUCAGCAACACUGUAAGAGAAGGGGACGUGCCAGAGAGCAUACGCCGGAUAGAGAAGCUGCUGGACACCAGCAUCGAGUUUCAAGAACUUGAUCUUUUGGACAAACCUGGCUUGGACAAACUCUUCAAAAAGCAUUCUUUCUGUGCAGUGAUGCACUUUGCGGGUCUGAAGGCCGUUGGGGAGUCGGUGGAGCAGUCGUUACGCUACUACAGAGUCAACCUCACUGCCUCCUUGAACCUGCUUGAGGUGAUGCAGGCUCACAGGGUGCACAAUCUGGUCUUCAGCAGUUCAGCCACGGUGUACGGAGACCCUCAGCGCCUCCCUAUCGACGAGCAGCACCCAGUGGGCGGCUGCACCAACCCCUAUGGCAAGACCAAGUUUUUUAUUGAGGAGAUGAUCAAGGACCACUGUAAAGCGGAGAAGGACUGGAACGCAGUGCUGCUGCGUUAUUUCAACCCAAUCGGAGCUCAUUGCUCUGGCCUGAUUGGAGAGGACCCUCAGGGUAUCCCCAACAACCUUCUGCCAUAUGUCGCCCAGGUUGCCAUUGGGAGAAGAAAGUGCCUGAGUGUGUUUGGGAACGACUACGACACCCUUGAUGGGACAGGUGUGCGGGAUUAUAUCCACGUGGUCGAUCUGGCAAAAGGACACAUAGCAGCUCUGAAGAAGCUGAAGGACGACUGUGGCUGCAGGGUUUACAACCUGGGAACAGGGAGAGGCUACUCUGUGCUCCAGAUGGUGAAAGCCAUGGAGAAGGCAUCAGGGAGAGAGAUUGCGUACAAAGUCGCCCCACGCAGGGAAGGAGACAUAGCAUCAUGUUACGCUGACCCCCGUCUAGCCGAGGCUGAACUGGCCUGGAAGGCCGAAUUUGACCUGGAAAGAAUGUGUGCGGAUCUGUGGCGCUGGCAGUCCAUGAACCCCACCGGAUUUUCCAAUGGCACAGCCUCUUGAUGCUGCCUCAAGUUUUUUCCUCUUCUAAAUCACUGGGCCAAAGCAAACCAUCAACUUCCUCAUCUUUGCGUAUCACAUAAACAAAUGAAUGAGACCUUCAGGGGAACUGAAUGUUUUAUGUUUUAUCAUGUGUAAUUUUCUAUUUUGUCUUAUACUAAUGGUUUUAUUUUUUCUCUGAUUACUGUUUACAUUAGGAAACAUUUCAAAAUGUAUUUUAGGGGCUCUGUGUGUUGUUUUAACAAUGGGUAUUUUCCUCAAUAAUGUAUUGUUUUGUGAGUUAUAACAAUGGAAGAAUAAAUUAAUUUUCUUACUGA